AUGUCAGAGGCUGUCCAAGAGCUGGGAAGCCAGCAAGAAGCUCUCAGCCUGCUUCCCAACAUCAACCAGCUGGGACGGAGUCACGGGGGCGGGGCGGGGGGGGCCGCGCGGUCCGGCAGCGUCCCGGCCACCCCCGCCGCUCCCCGCAACAAGCACCUGGCGCACCUCUGCGAUCCCCGCUCCCCCAGCGCCGGCAUCCUGCGGACGCCUAUCGAGGUGGUGAGCUCCCCCGUGGACAGUCCGCAGCCCGCCCCCGCUGAACCGGCGGCGGUGGGCACCACCAGCCAGGACUGGGACCCGCGGUCACCCACGCCCGGCAUCUCCCGCACGCCCAUGAGAGUCGUCUCGAGUGACAGCGUGGAUUGCCUGGUGAAGCAGCUCAGCGAGGCCUUCGCGGAUGAGGCCGCCCCCCCGGAGCCGUCGGCGGCGACCUGCCCCCCUGAGGAUGCUGAGGAGCUGGUCCGGCGGAGCUCCCCGCUCCCAGCCGCCGCCCCGGGGGAAGAAGCAGAGAGGCUUCCCUCCCCAUCUCCCGGUGGGGCUCCGACUCGGCCGGCCCGUAUUGCCGGGCCUGGCUUCUCCUCGGGGAGCAAGCCCAUAAGACGCAAGACCAACAACAAAAUCAUGGCAACAUCUGGUGGCACUGGCCGCUCUCCCCUCAGCAUCCUACAAGAUGAUAAUUCCCCCGGUGCUCCCGCCCCUCGCCAGGGUAAGAGACAUGUGUUGGGAGAGAACGUUGCAGAGAAGAAGGAAGUGAUAGUGGAUCUAAGCAGGAGCCUCAAAUCUGGGAACUGUGCUUGGAGUAACCUGAACAAAGAGAACCAACAGUGUCCUUUUGUGGAGAACUAAAUAUUUCCUUUUUGAAGAUCUUGCUGUAAUUUGCCUCUAUGCUUUGAGAGUCUUCUAGGGGUGAGAAAUCCUGCAAUAGACUGGAACUCUGGACUUGUGGUCACUCUUCUUGCCUGUCCCUGCUGGGGAAAGGAGCACACUCUCUCCAUGUGCCUGUUUUUAUGUACAGUACAGACCCUGGCUCUGCUGUUGUAUAUCAGCUGUAUUGACUUACUGUAUGUAGAGUUCUUAUCUGUAGUGAAUAAAUUUGUAUUAAACCUUU